AUAGCUCUCCAGACCGUUUCGUUCUCUCUCUCUCUCUCUCUCUAAAAACGCUUUUUUUUUUUUUUCCUCUCCAAAUCCACUCUCCAUCUUCUCUAUCUCGUCACUUGCUUCCGUCUCUGAAUCUGGUAGUGCACUUGUGGAUCUCUCUUCCUCUCUCUGACUUCAUUUGGAUCUGCAAAUGCGCACCUCAUCUGUAUCAUCGUCAUCUCUACUCAGCUUCUCCGCUUUUCAAUCUUUCAAGCUCAGCUCGCUCCUGGUGUACUCCUGCAAGAAGGGAACUUUAAUAUCUUGCUAGGAAGAUUUAUAAUGAUUUGGAGAACAUAUUGUGGAGAUAACAGACGACGAGUGGGCAUUGGCAUAUGCAGCCUAUUUUGUCAGUCAAGAAACUAUGCAAGGUGAAGGUACAAUUUCUACUCCCGCAGAGGGGCUCACUGAUGGCGUCCAGAGAAUGCGACAUCUUCAUGGGAGAACUAGUGGCCCAACAAGACGUUCUACUAAGGGACAAUGGACAGCUGAGGAGGAUGAGAUCUUGCGAAAGGCAGUUCAGCGUUUCAAAGGAAAGAACUGGAAAAAGAUAGCGGAAUGCUUCAAGGAUCGGACUGAUGUACAGUGCCUCCAUAGAUGGCAAAAGGUCUUGAAUCCAGAACUCGUCAAAGGUCCAUGGUCAAAAGAGGAAGAUGAAAUAAUAAUUGAUUUGGUGAACAAAUAUGGGCCUAAAAAGUGGUCCACUAUCGCUCAGCAUUUACCUGGGCGUAUCGGGAAGCAAUGUAGGGAAAGAUGGCAUAAUCAUCUAAAUCCUGCUAUAAAUAAAGAGGCAUGGACUCAGGAUGAGGAGUUGACUCUGAUCCGUGCUCAUCAAAUUUAUGGAAACAGAUGGGCGGAGCUAACAAAGUUUUUGCCUGGAAGGACAGACAAUGCUAUAAAAAAUCAUUGGAACAGUUCUGUCAAAAAGAAGAUGGACUCCUACUUGGCAUCUGGUCUCUUAGAUCAGUACCAAACCCUGCCUCUUGUUGGACACCAACAUAAGCCCAUGCUUUCAUCUUCUUCAAGGGUGCAGAGCAGUGGAGAAGAUAGUGGUCCCAAAGGUGCAGCAGACGCAGAAGAUGAGUCAGAAUGCAGCCAAGCUUCAACUGCAGUUGGUUGCUCUCAGUCAACUAGUGAGCUGCCUAAUGCAAUUGUGCUUCCAAGAGAGCAAUUCCAGGUGCCAGAAAUUUCCUGUGGGAAAAAGGAGCAAAGCCCUGGUGCAGCAUCUUGUUCAGAACACUAUUAUACUUCUUUGGAAGAUGUUACAUUCUCUAUCCCAGAAAUAACAUGUGACAUGGUGUACUCUUCAAAAUUCCCUGAUCAAAAUUUUUCUCAUGAUGUUGCAAUUUCUGGAAGCCAGGAUUACCAAUUUAAUUUACAGGACCUACCUAAUAUUGCUUCGCUGGAGUUGGGGCAUGAACCAUCAGGAUUGCCAACUCAUUGUAUCAAUGCUAAUGAAAGCCAAGAAAUUCGAAAUGUUUCAUUUCAAGAACCAGUAGGGUUAGGAGCUUCUGCUGGCUCUGAGAAACCAGCACAUAUGUUGAUAUCUGAUGAUGAAUGUUGUAGGGUCUUGUUUUCUGAGGCAAUGAAUGAGGGAUAUUAUCUUCCUGGAGCAUUUACACAAGGUUCAAAUAUGGUUGAUAUGGGAGAAUGCAAGAAUUCACUGCUUUGUGGGUGUUCAGACAUCCAGAUGCCUGAAACUGUCAGAAAUUCAGGUUCACCAUCUUGUCCUUCAAGGUCUGAUAUAAUGAUAACCUCAUGCAGUCGAAAUAUUACAUCUGUUCCUCCCCAAUUUUCAGCUCAUGAUGGUACAGUUAUAUAUAGUAGAGAACCCAGUCAGUUAAAUUGUCACCAUUUUGAGGUUCAAGACCCAGAAUUUGAUACAAGUGCAAAUGAUGGCUUUAUCUAUACCAAUGACUCUGCCAAUUCCCCAUGUGAUGAUGUUACUGGUAACUCAUGUCUUCAAGAGCAACCAUAUCUUGCCAAGGAUUCUUUGAAGUUAGUUCCAGUGAAUACUUUUGCUUCUAGAUUAGAUGUGCAACAUUCUCCACCUAUUGAAGAUAAGCUAAAUGUGCAAACAGAGCAGCAGAACACAGGAGCUCUAUGUUAUGAGCCUCCCCGUUUUCCCAGCUUGGAUGUUCCAUUUUUCAGCUGUGAUCUUAUACAAUCUAGCAGUGAUAUGCAGCAAGAAUACAGCCCUCUUGGUAUCCGCCAACUGAUGAUACCUUCCAUAAACUGCAUGACUCCAUUUAGAUUGUGGGAUUCGCCAUCUCGAGAUGGUAGUCCUGAUGCUGUGCUGAAAAGUGCUGCCAAAACUUUCACUGGCACACCGUCCAUUUUAAAAAAGCGUAAUCGUGACUUACUGUCACCAUUGUCUGAACGAAGGAUUGACAAAAAGCUUGAAACAGAUAUGAGUUCUAGUUUAAGCAAAGACUUCUCACGUUUGGAUGUCAUGUUUGAUGCAAGUGGGAAUCAUCAGAAGUCAUCUCUGCUGUCUCUGUCACCUAAGCAAAGAGUUAGUUCUGGACCAUGUGUUAAAGGCAAGGAAAAUCUUGGUCUUGUUUCUGAUGGUGAGCAACAAGUAAAUCAAAGAGAUGACACUUUGUUAUCAAACGAAAAAGUUCUGGUGGAAACUCUAGGUGAUAAUAAUUCCCAGGAUAAGAUAAUUCCAGUAACAGUUGGAACUGAUGCUAAGGGAAAGGGUGUUGUUCAUCCUGUAAUCCAAACUGAUCAACACCUUUCUGGAAUUCUUAUUGAGCAUAAUCUCAAUGAUUUGCUAUUAUUUUCUCCUGAUCAAGUCAGUUCCAAAGCAUUCAGAGAAUUACUUUCCAGCACUCCAACCCCAAGAAGUCAGUGUCGCAGAAGCUUGGUUGCUGCAUCAAAUCAGGCUGUCCCAUCAGAAUCUUCAUCUGGAAAUCAAUGCUUAGCUCUUAACUCUCCUACUCUCUUCACAAAGAACAGUGAUAAUCACCUGGUUGUGGAUAGUUCAACUCAAUUUGUUCCUUCAUCAACAUCCCUGGAGAUUAGAGUUGAUAAUGUAGCGAGUGAUGGUGCUAUUGAAAACCUUAGCAUAUUUGGUGGAACUCCAUUCAGAAGAAGUAUCGAGUCCCCCUCUGCAUGGAAAUCCCCUUGGUUCCUAAAUUCUUUUGUACCUGGCCCUAAGAUAAAUACAGAAAUUACAAUUGAGGAUAUUGGGUUUUUUAUGAGCCCAGGGGACAGAAGCUACGAUGCCAUAGGGUUGAUGAAACAGUUGAGUGAGCACACUGCCUCUGCUUAUGCUGAUGCCUUAGAGGUCUUGGGAAAUGAAACUCCUGAAACAUUACUAAAGGAGAAAUACUCCCACAAUUGUAACAUGGAUAAAGAUAACAAUCAUGCACCUCGUUUGGAGAACAGAUCGGAUUCAGCCGCUGCAAGUGCUUUGCCCGAACGUCGGACUCUCGACUUCAGCGAUUGCGGAACACCUGGGAAGGGAACAGAAAGUAGAAAAUCCUCAAAUUCAAUGAGCUUCUCAAGUCCCUCAUCUUAUCUGUUGAAAGGUUGCAGAUAAUGGUUUUCUUAUGACUUGUCAUAUUUUGUAGUUUAUAAUUCUAUAUAUAUAUAUAUAUAUGCUUGCUUAUAUCAAUUUUUUGCUCCCCUAAAAUGGGUUAUCCAUUUGUCACCGUACCUUGGAUUCAAUUUAAUCAAACAUU